GACCAGUACAGUGAAAUGAGAAUCAGUAUAAACCAGAAACCUGGUAAGAGCCACAACUUUGGGUUUACAGCAAAUUGGAAUACUUCUGGGGUCUUUGUGCAAUCAAUUGAAAAAGGUAGUCCUGCAGAUCUUUGCCAACUGCAUGUAGAUGAUGAAAUCAUUGCUGUCAACGGCACAAAGGUGUCACACAUGGACCCUGCUGAGGGGGAAGAAGCCAUUGCUAAUGCUCUAGAAACUGGAAACCUGGUCAUGGAUGUCAGACGAUAUGGAAAGAAUGAUUGGGGAAAAGACCAGCCUUCCCUGCCAUAUGUAAGGCAUAAAAUCCUCAAUCUCACCAGUCUGGCUGCCAACAUUGUAGGUACAUCUGAAAAUAAAUGGAUUGAUGCAACUUCUGGAGAUCAUUUUCCCACUACCUCUUCAGACAUAUCAACAAAAACAGAUUUCAACAGCAGUCUUCAAAAUUCUGAUACCGGAGCCAAAGUGAUAAAUGGGAUGCAAGCAGAUUUGUGUUCUAAUGAGCAAAAAGAAUCUGAAUCUAUUUCUUUGAAAAACUUAAAAAGACGAUCACAAUUUUUUGAACAAGGGUCGUCAGGUUAUUCUUACAAUUCAUGGGUCUACCUUUGUGGAGGCUCAGAAUCUGCAAUAUCUGAUCUUUCAGUCCCAUCCAUUACUGUUCCUAGUCGCCGGGUUUGGGAUCAAGAGGAAGAGAGAAAACGACAAGAAAAAUGGCAAAAAGAACAGGAACGUUUACUGCAGGAGAAAUAUAAACGUGAGCAAGAGAAAUUGAGGGAAGAAUGGCUGCGGGCUCAGGAGGAAGCAGAAAAAGAAAGUUCAAAAUACCAAGAUGAGGAGCAGUGCGUCCUAACUGCAGACACGAUGUCUAUCACUGCACAUGUGCCCUUGGCUUCUAGUUGGAGAACAGUCACGGGAGGAGAUGCUGAUGUUCCUGAAGGAGGUGGAGGAAGUGAACAGGGGUCACAGCAGCAGCAGAAUGAGAAAGAGAAAGAUGAGGAAAGGAGGUGGCUUCAGGAGGAACAAGGACUCGAGGAGAAAGAAAUCCUCCACUUGAAACAAAAAAGUGAACUCCAAGAGCUAGAGCUUGAGCAAAGACCUAAGGCGAUAGAGCAGCAGUAUACUGAGGACCAGAAGCGGUGGGCGGAAGCAGAGGCAGAGGAGCAGCAUCAAAGAUUUUAUAAACAUUAUGAUGAACCUAAAACCAUUGAGGAUCGAUCUGGCCACUUUCUUGCUGACAGAAGUAAAUCCAGGUCAACUUCAGAAUUGGAUGACUACACCACAAACAGAAACGGUCAAUAUGAGAAACCAUUGGGUGGUAUCGCCCGAGGGUUGCUACAGGAUGAGCUAAACAAAAAACAAAGUGUGAAAAUGCAGCAAGAGACCAAAGAACCUGAACAGAAGGCUCCAAGAAGGCAAAUGCUUUAUCAGAUGAAGUAUAAUAACCCAAAGCAAGGUACAAACAACAAAUACUUGGAAAAAUCUCGGAAUGUUCCUGAUUCGCAGAAAGGGUCUCAGAAAGAGCCUGCCAUGUCCCAAGCAGAGGCAGAGAGACAACAAAUCCUUCAGGAAAUGAGAAAGAGAACGUCACUGCAUACAGACAACAGCUGGAUUAGGCAGCGCAGUUCCAGUGUAUAUAAGGAACCCAUUACUGUACACAGCACUUUGAUGAGGAGAGGUGAAUCUCUAGACAAUCUUGAUUCUUCAAGAACAAGCUCGUGGAGACAUCAUUCAUGGAUGAAUCAGUCUGUCUCAUCUAGUCAAGAUUAUACUCGCCCUGCUCCUCCAGCAGGGUCUACUUCAAAUCGGGCCUACACAUGCACUCCCUCCUCCAAUGUAGCACCUUCAUCAACCAGCUCUGUCAGAACAGCAUCUUCGACCCACACUCUCCCAUCAGCACCAUCUCCUGUUCCUCGUGCUCAGUCUCCUACCUCUGCUUCCCAAUCCGGGUCUCAGACACGGAAUAAGUCAAUCAGUGGGAAGAAAAUAUGUUCAUACUGUAAUAACGUUCUGGGCAAAGGAGCCGCCAUGAUCAUCGAAUCUCUUGGUCUUUGUUAUCAUUUACAUUGUUUUAAGUGUGUGGCUUGUAAAUGCAACCUUGGAGGAUCAGGCUCGGGAGCUGAAGUCAGAAUUCGAAACAAUGAGCUCUUCUGCAAUGACUGCUAUAUCAGAUUUAAAACUGGACAGCCAACCUCCAUGUGAAGCAAACGUAGAUAUGAAGUCAUUGCUGCAGAUAGAGGAGGAGGUGGUUGCUGCUGAUGUAGAUCUAUAAAUAUAUAGUGUGUGUUUUUAAGAGUAACCUUUUUUUGCCCUUCUAGAUUUCAUAGAAGACGAGCUAUAUCCUUCAUAUACCUGUACUUUUAUUUAUGAGAAAGUAAUUACAAUAAGAUAAUAUCUUGGGGAAAAUGCAUUCACUUUGAGCUCAACCUCUCAAGCACAAAGAAGAACAAGCAUCAGUAAUAACUUCAAAAUAUGUUUGAGGCUAAUAAUUAAGUAGCUGAAUUUCCUAUGAUGCAUGAAGAGGGUAUUUCUGUUUUUAUGCUCUUAAAACUAUAGAGCACUAUAGGAAUAAUUAAUAUAAACGUGUAUUUGCAAUCACCGUCUUCAUUUUUUGACAUGCUGCAAAGUGAGUUCUCUAGAGUAAUAUGAAGCUGCAUUAAAAUGCACACCAACGUGUUUGCUUCCUGUAUGCUGGUUUCUAAAAUUGUUUAUUUGCUUUUUGAAACUAAGAUACCAAGUAUAGUCUGCUCAGUGGUGAAGGCAUAAUGUGCUACACACAAACAGUGGAAUCCAUUUGAGGGAAUGGUUUCUCCUUUUCACUUUUGACAGAUAAAACUAUCACUUUCCCUCAAACAAGUUAAUUCAGGAAGUGGAGGAGUUUUCUGUUGAAUUUCAGUAUAUUUGUAAAUAUUUUUUCUGAUGCUACAUUGACUUUUUCCUUGUCUUACCUGCCUUUUGCAAAAUAUUCAUGUCCACAGAAUGAAUUGCUGAACAAUAAACCUGAUUGUUUGAA